AAGCAGUGCGGUUUCGUUCCCGUGAUUCUCAGAGACCUCGGUGCUUAAGCCAAAUCCCCGCCAAACUAUCGCGAUUUUGUGCCCCUUUUUGAACGUCAGACGUCAACGAGUACACAGUAGAGCAGAGUGAAGGGCCUAAGGCCAGUAGCACGUUGCAUCGUCGUGCGGUGCUAAAACGAAAGCAAAGUGCGUGUGGUUUUGUGAUUAUUUGUGUGUGUGUGUGUGUGUGUGUGUGUGUGUGUAUCGUCCCUCGAAAAACGUGUCGUCUGUUUUGUGUUUUCUUGCGCAAUUCUGUACCAUUGCGCGAUUGUGCGAAGGAGGGCGCGGGCGCGCUCGCAACCCGUUCUUUCGAUUAACGACGACAAGUGGUGUCUACGUCUACUGCCCGUGUGUCCGCGUGUGUGUGUGCGCGUGCGCCUACUGUGUUCUAGAAGCACCCCGGGUCGGAGUUCUGCUGAAGAGAGUGCUUUGGAAUAAAUUUACGGUUCGGUACGGCUGUGUUGCAGGGCAACGCAUCGCCUUCGUGACACUUUUCUGACAAUUCUAAGCAGCGCAGGCGUUUCACGUUCGGAAUUUUAAGCCCCCUCCCCGGUCCGACGGACGAGAAGGCUCCCUGAGUGGCAGGUGAGAUCAUAGCCCGCUCGCUACGGCCGAAGCAGAAGAACGAUUCAAACGAGCAAGCAAACGGGCAACCGCAACGGUUCCGGAAUUUUAAGCAGCUCGUCUAGUGGUGGCGCACGAGAAAGAGCAAGCGAGCGAGCGAGCGAUCGAUCGAGAGAUACACAGAAGAUAAUGUACGAUAAGCUCGCGGUCGUCGUCGAUUGCAGCAACUGAGUUGAGGCUGAGCCAGUGGCGACAGAGCGGAGCGGGUUAGAGUAAGACCGGCGUAGACCGGUGCCACCAGGUCAGGCAUGGCGCUGCGACUACGGAAGGAUGUCCAGAAGGCAUCGUACUACGUUUGGUUUUUGGGUGCCCAGGAAGCGAAGGCCCUGCGUGGCACACGCACCCUGCUGCCCAUGAUACCGCGCAUGGUGGAGAAGUCCAAGGAGCAGGAACCACUCAAAGUGACGCUGCAGGUUUCCCACAAAGGAUUAAAGAUCGUUCAGGGUUCGGCAAAGCACUUUAUACCGCACGGUGCAAUCACCUGCUCGGUGCAGACGGAAGACAUCGUCGCCUGUACGCUGCUGCUGUACAAUCCGGCCACCAAAUGUCCGCUGCACGUGCACGCCUACCGGUGCGACUCGGAGCUGACCGCCCAAGCCCUCCACGAUCAGCUGCAGAUACUGAUCAACAGACCAGAAAAUCAGAAACGCUACACCGAGCUGGAGACACGUCUCGGGCUAGCAGCGCAGCUAGCCGGAGGUCCGUGCGGUCCGGCCACACAUCCAUCGACGACCGGCCAUCCCGGCUCGGCCAUCGGCACACCGUCGCCACUGGACGGUGGAGGACGGGGUAACAACAACAGCAACCACAGAAUGGGACGACGGUACGAGUCACCGCGCCGUACCGGUACCGGCGCCUACCAUCAUCAUCAGCAGCAGCAUCAUCAUCCGGGCGAUUCCCACUCCCAGCACGGUAGCAGCGAUACCGGGACGAGCACACGGGAAUCCGAGUGCUCCGAGGAACAUUCGCCGACCAGUCCCGCCGUUUCGCCGCUCAUCAGCCAAUCCAAGCUGUACGAUUCGUUGGCGGCCGAGCUGCGCGAGAAGCUGAGCGGCGGAGUGCCGCUGCUGCUGCCGACCAAGGAGUACGGCGGUAGUACCGAUAAGAGCAGCCCAACGUUGGCCACCGAGGCCGCCAAUCGACGGAUCCGCAAUGGUGGCGUUUGUCUAACCGGUGGCACCAACACACCAUCGACCGGGCACAACAAACAUGGCGUCUCAUCGCGCGGUUCCUCCGGCAUUGGUUCCGAUUUGGCGCCCAGCCCAGAACGUCAUGAUCCGCAGAGUUCGAGUGAAGACGAAUGGGUAAACGACCAAGAAACGGCAAUGCACGGAUCGUCACACAAUCUGGUCGGAAGUCGGCCGACUACCCGGGACAGCCGUGGUGGCUACCGGGAUGAGAUACCGGGACCAGUAACACGCAUGAGCCAGUACCGCGAUCCAGGUCCACCGACGGCCUACCUCUAUCCGAAUGUGCGCGACGAGGCACCGAUCCAGGCGGCCCGUAACCGUCACCACCAUCAGCGUUCGUCGAGCCGCGAGGAGAACCGGAGCCUGCAGGGUUCGGUCAACUCGCACGAGGAAGAGGUAAAACCGAUCAUCACCAACCACACGCCACGCUUCCGGAACCCAUUCAAAUCGACCGAAGAGACGUACGUAGUGGAGGAGCGUCGCAGCAAGAAGAUGCUGGGAGGAGGGCACGGUCAAGAGGGCAAGAAGUAUCACGACGAGCGGAUGAUCGACCAGCAGCCCGCCGUUGGACGUGGUCGAGGUGGUCGCGGUAGCUAUCCACCGGAGGAUCGAAUUGAGGAACCGGCACCACCAACCGCCGGUGGUGGACGGUACUUCGAGGACGAGUAUGAGCGUGAGCGUGCGAACGCGUACCGGGAGAAUCUGACCGAUCGGCAGAAGUACCGCGAGAUCGUGACCGAUGGUAGCGGUAAGGGAUACCGCAAGGAGUACGAUCGGCGCGGUCCAGCGAUGGGUUACGGAGAGCCACAGCAUCAUCGGGGCGAGUAUCAUCGAGAGUAUUCACCGGAGCGUACUGUCCCCGUUGCUACCGCGGCACCUGGCAUGCAGUCCGCCGGUCGUAGAAAAGACGUAGCUCCCGCGCAGCACGAACGACAGGAUUUCAAGAUCGAACGUGAGGCGUACCAGCAGCGUGGGCAUGGACCAGCGCCAACUAACGCCGUAAGAUCCUCCCGUGAGUCGUCGGGCUAUAAAGUUGACCGUACCGGUGCAGGUGCUGGCCAUCAACGGUACUCGAGAAGCGAAGAUCAGCAUGAUGGCUCUCAUGCGAUGUACCGGGAUGGGCGACAUGGUGGGGAUCGUGGCCAUGACUCACCCCGUACUGGUUACAAGAUGGCGGACAAGUACGAGGAACGCUGGCGACAGGAAGCGAUGGCUGCUGGGGUACAGGAUCGUUAUGUCGAUCCCGAACCGGUCACAGCGACCGCCCACCGGCCGCGGCCAUAUCAUCGUGAGGAGCAGUCGAAACACACGCCCGCACCGGUGGCCGUAGAAUCGUGGAAGGGUGGCGCUGAGGUACCGCGAAAGAAGUCGGUCGAGAUACGGACGAGCUCACCGGAAUCGACGAUGCAUCGCAUAUCGCCCAAGGAUCGUUUCCAGACGGCCAAGGAAAAGUUCCAGCAGAUGGAACGCGAACGGCAUGAGCAGGAGCGGCUCGAACAGGAGCGGCUCGAGCGGGAACGGCUGCUGCACAGCAAGCGGACGGUCGAGGUGCACGCUUCGGCCGUUCCAGCCCGCCGUGGUUCACUCGAACCGACGGCCGUUAGCUCGCACGAUAGCAACGGUUGGAGCUCGCCGGAUGAAGAGGAGGAGGAGGAAGAGGAGGACGAGGAGGAAGAUUUGCCACAUACGCGGGGAGGCCGUGGCUCCAAUGGUGGCAGUAGCGAUCGACGGGGACCGGUCAGCUACCGUGAACUGUCACCGGCUGAACGGUAUCCGGGGUUGGAUCGUGAACCACCACCACCGGGCCGUGGCGGCCGUAUGAUGCCGGCCAAGAGCCUCAGCAACCUGGUCAAGGGCUAUCGACACAGCUAUGCCGAGCCUCGGCCACCGCCCGUUUCGCGUAGCAGUGGCCGCGUUGGACUGGCCGCCGUUAAUCCUUAUUGAUGGGCGGAAAGGAGCAGAAUCCCCUAGGAGCGGAUUGCUGGUCCUGACGAACAACGAAAUACUCUAAAUUCCGGAAACAAGACCGGAGCAGGACGACGACGACAACAACGAUGAUGAUGAUGAUGAUGAUGAUGAUGACGAGAGGGUGGUGGCGCAGUGCACUAGCAGCAGUGAGUUUGGAGCGUAGAGAUUGUUUUCUGUUUUUCCUUUUUUGUUUUCAAUGUGCCUUAUAGUGUUUAUGGUUUCGAAACGUACUUCAUAGUUACUUGUAUGUAUACUUACUUAGCCGAACCCACGGCACACAAGGCGUGGACGAUUGUACAUUUCAGCAUUACUGCUAAUACUACUGCUACAACUACUGGAAACGAUUCUUUAGCAAUAAACCAUUAUUAUAUCCCCGGA